AUCUCAGGAAACAGGCCCGACAGCUGGAAAAUGAACUUGACUUGAAACUGGUUUCCUUCAGUAAACUAUGCACAAGCUACAAUCACAGCAACGCUCGAGAUGGAAGACGCGACAGGAGGGGUGAAGUGGACUAACCAAUAUGGAGAUUGCUCCAAUAUCCAUUCACUCAGCAAAUACUUACAGGCAUCCAUCAUGUACCAGGUGGUAGUUCUGAUACAACACCCCUUUUAAAUGGAUCAAGUCAAGACAGAAUGUUUGAGACAAUGGCAAUAGAGAUUGAACAGCUUUUGGCAAGGCUUACAGGGGUAAAUGACAAAAUGGCAGAAUAUACCAAUAGUGCCGGCGUCCCCUCCUUGAACGCAGCACUGAUGCAUACAUUACAACGACAUAGAGACAUAUUACAGGAUUACACACAUGAGUUCCAUAAAACCAAAGCAAAUUUUAUGGCAAUACGGGAAAGGGAGAAUCUCAUGGGAUCAGUACGAAAAGAUAUUGAGUCAUAUAAAACUGGGUCUGGAAUAAACAACAGGAGAACAGAACUGUUUUUGAAAGAACAUGACCACCUCCGAAACUCAGAUCGUCUGAUAGAAGAAACAAUAAGCAUUGCUAUGGCAACAAAGGAAAAUAUGACUUCUCAGAGAGGAAUGCUGAAGUCAAUUCACAGCAAAAUGAACACCUUGGCCAAUCGUUUUCCUGCCGUCAACAGCCUGAUCCAGAGAAUCAACCUUAGGAAGCGGCGCGACUCCCUCAUCCUAGGUGGCGUAAUUGGCAUCUGUACCAUCCUGUUGCUGUUGUAUGCUUUCCAUUGAUGGCUCCUUCCUGGACACUUGGAGCCGCCACCCUCACACCUGAUCUGGGAGAAGGAAAAGUGGGAAGGAGAACUUGACUGUCCGAUCACUAGCUUGACCAUCUGGAUGAAUUCAAAACUGAAAUGAUGGGCUCUGGGAUAUUGAGCUGAAGCCACAGUUUUUCUGUGCUAUCUUUUCUAACACACAUUUCUCUGUUUUUAAUUUUAAAAAAGGAAAACAGUUUUCAAUUGGUUUGUCUCCCUAGGAGGUAAGUAAACCAAUCAAAAACAGAGUGUCUGUGCUUCAGUAAAAAUGGUGGAGUCUGGGGACAGCUGCGCUCUUCGGAACACCAAGUUCUUUAUAGCCAAAGACUACUUUCGGCCACCAGGUUGGGUUGUGAAUAAAAAUCAUUCUUGUCCUUUUAUUUAACACUCAUGAUGAGAAAUCAUAAGUCCUUUCUUGAUAAUCUGUGCUUUAGAUUACUACUCUAUGUCCCCAACUCUUUGGUAUUCAAGGAAAAUUUUGCUAUCCCACUUUCCAGUUUCUUUGGAAUGUGAUAGGCCAACUUGAGCAUGUUUGUGGUCAUCUGACAUGGAGAAUACGCAAAAAAGGGUUUGUCUUUUUUUUCUUCUAAGUUGUGAAUACACUGGGUCAACUAUAUUAUUGAAAAAACAUUAACAAUGACAAAGCCUCUUUCUUUUUAAGGAACCAGUAAUUGUUUCAUUUUUUUUUUCAAAAUUUCUUUCAUUAGUCUAUAUAUUGCUACUAAUGAAUGAAAUCUGAGUCCUACCAUGGCAGAAGAAAUUGUCAGUGCCCGUGCUUCUCCACGUCAGUUCACACAGCUCACGGAGGGUGCUCUUUGCAGUGGGAAGCUGCCCGUUUGUAAAUGACAUUGCUGGGUUGCUCCCCACAUUGCUCUGCAACUUUGGAGCUGCACCGGGGUACCAAGAAUGCUGUGUUCUGUGAAAAUUGAUCCAUUCCAAAUCUGUUAAGCAUUUCCAUACAUCCAGAGAGAGGUUUCAAUGUUGAAAGUAAUUGUGAAAGCUCCCCUGUGUGCCUGCACCCAUCAUCUGGACGGCGGCAAGAUGUUAAACUACACUUCAGAAUUCUUUCCACGUCUAGCCAUUUCUCCGUUUCUGUAAAUUUGUUCCUUGUCUUACUGAACUAUCAUGUAUCCUAGAGACUUGCAGCCUCUCUGCUCCUCUCAGAGCAGGGCUGCCCUUUGCAGUGGGAUUGACGGUGAUAUUUAUUUUAUCCAGCUGUGCCAUGAGAUUGAAACCAUGUUAGCAUAGAGUUCUUUGUUGCAUACUGUGUGUUGAAUACUGCUAGGUGGACUUGAUAUACUGCCUCAUGGGUAGACUAGCGGACUGAGAGGGUUGUCAUUCUGGUGUCAGAGUUUUAUUCCAUUCUGGGAAUGAAGGGCCUUUUGAUAUAUUUUUCUUAAUCAUGGGGUUUAUUUUUUUAAGCAUGGAUCAUUGACUGGAGAAGCCCUUGACGUUCAGCUUUGCCACUGUGAAUCUUAAAGAUCAGGGACGUAAGUUCAUUUAGUCAGUUCUCUUUGGGAGAACAAGACUUCUCUGCCCUGAUGCUUGAUUAUCUUUGAUUUUUCAAAGGGUUUUGAUUGAUGGUAUGCCUCAGCUAGACUUUGUGGGAUUUUGGUUUGCUAUAUAGUUGGCAUUUAUAAAAUCUGAAGUAUCAUAAAUAAAGUAUUUAUUUAACUAUA